AGUGUAUCCCAGAAUCAAACGUGUUUUUUCUGGAUUUGAACUGUUUAUUUUUUCAUUAACUAUGUUGGUUGUACAACACACAAAGAUGCGAGAGAUAUGAUAAAUAACUAGAAUCUUUGUAAAGGUAUCCCAGGUUUUUCCUCAUCUGAAAAGACUCUGCGUGGUAGAUGAUGGAGGGUACUGAAGUCAAUCUGGGAGAUUAUAUGGAGGUUGUCACUACCUACCAUUGUAAAUUUUGUAGUCACACAUGUCAGACUGUAAAAGAUAUGGCUUGCCAUGUCCAGCAAGACCAUCUCUCAUCAACCCCUGCAAAGGAUCCCCCACAAUCUACUCAGAAUUCAGAUACAGGAACACCAGAUGCUCUUGGCUGCGGGACAGUGGCAAAUGUCAUGGUGAUUUCCCAAGAUGCCCAGCUUGAAAGCCAGGAAAAAGCACCCACUAGUAGAAUUCUGAAUGAAAUAGAUGCAGAAAACAUAGAAACCAGGCUAGACAUCACUGAAGCUGACCAGCAAAAUACUGAGAUCUUAAACAGUGAAAAUCCUGCAGAAGAUGCAAACUUUGUUAAUGAAACAAGUAACAAAUUAACCUUUGACAUAGAUGGCAAGAUUGUGGAAUUAUCUCUAGAAAAUGGAAACAUUGAAAAUAUGGCUCAGUCAGUUGUCAUGAAGAACAACGUUCAGGGACUAGAAGUGUUAGAUUCUACUGAGAACUUCAUCACUGUUGAAACAGGGACAUCCACAACAGGUACAGAGCCAAUCACAAAAGAGUUGUUCCUCUGCGGUCAGUGUAACACUGGAUUCACCAGCAUGGAAGAAUGUCAAGAUCAUAUGUAUAAAGAACAUAACGUCACAGUUGAAGAUGGAAAAGUGAGCGUGGGGACUCAAGUUGAGACCACUUCACGGAGAAAGAAUCAAAAAUGCAUCCAAAGUGAAUCUGAGGAGGUGAAAGCAACAGAUUUGAAUGAUUCCGACGUAGAAUGGACCAUUGAGUCAGAGACCCAAUACAUCAGUAAGGGCAGUCGUACUCGUGGUAAAAUUUGUCCUCCCAAGGCACUGAAGAAUGACUAUUACCUUGGAAAGACGAGAAUGAGUGAUUCUAAUAAAAGUGAACACACACCCAGGCAACCAAAACAUGCCCCAAGUUACCAAAAUAAAUGUGGAAAAACGGGGUGUAAUGCCAGAUUCCUGACCAAGGCAGCAUUAGAAAUUCACCUGAAAUGUCACACAGAUAAGCCAGAGGUUUUCAUGUGUCCCGAGUGCCAGCAACAACAGAGCAGAUGGCGUCUGGUACGUCUGCACUUGUGGAAAGUCCAUCAGAUAGACACAGACUUGUUAACCUGUGAUCAAUGUGACUAUAAAAUUGAUACGGCUAGCCGAUUGAAGGUCCACCAGGAAAUACACAGUAAAGACAAGCCAUACUCUUGUGAUACGUGUGGAAAGCACUUUCGACAACUGGCGCAGAUGAGAAACCAUCAGAUGGUGCAUAGUGACAAUAAAAACAGUGACAAAUGGUACAGUGAGCAAGAAUGUGAAAUCUGUAGUCGCAAAUUUGUGAGCAAAAAAUGUCUACAGGUCCACCUUCAGGUGGUGCAUGGGAACCACAAGCCCUUCUCAUGUACGGUGUGUGAGUACACCACGGCCAGAAAGGCUCAGCUGGAACUACACAUGAGGACUCACACUCAGGAAAAACCAUUCAAGUGUGAUGUCUGCAACUAUGCCUCCAUAGACCACAACUCUCUGAGGCGCCACAAGAUGCGCCACACAGGACAGAAGCCAUACAAGUGUCCCCACUGUCCCUAUUCCUGUAUACAGGCCAUCUGCUUCAAGACUCACAUGAAGAACAAACAUUUUGGUGCUCAUGGAAUCUUCUGCUGUGAGUUUUGUACAUACAAGUCAGUAAAUGAACAAAAGUACUUAGAUCAUGUGCGUGAUCAUAAAAAUGGACUCAUCCCAACUACCUCAGUGAAGAAGAAACCUGAAAACAUUACAUUUGCGCCUAGAAUUCAGAAUAUCAGCCAGUCUGUUCCACAUAUAGAGAUAGUCAAUGCUGGGGAGCAGGCACCUGUUUUUGUUGGGGGCAAUGUAGAAAAUCCAGGUAAUCAAAUCCAGAUGCAUGUGGAGAUGUCAGAAUCAGGGGAGCGAAGCAUAAGGGAGGAGGACCUUCAGCGGCUGAUGAGAGAAGGACUUGUAACUCAAGACAUCACACAGCUGAUCUCUUGUGCCAUGAAUGCCAUUUCUCAGGAACCCUCUGUCCAGGGAGCCGAUAGUCACAUGACUCCUGUUCAGAAUUCCGGACAAGUUACUACUCACAUGAUUACCUUCCACCUCCCCCCUCCUUCCAACAGUAGCACAGUACAGCUGCAGGAUCAGAAUAUAGUCACUGUGGAUCCUUUACCUAUGAAAAAAGAAGAGAAGAAGGAGGCAACAGCACCUGCAGUUUAUUUCACAGAAAAUCAAGGAGUACUCCUAAACUCCAGUGAUAUUCAACUUCAACAGGAGGGGGAUCCUGGUUCGGUUCUGUUAAACAUUCAGGGUUCAGGUGUACCGGCCAAUCUUAUCCAGAUUGCUGCUAACGAGGCAGAGGUUACCCAAAGUGCAACCAUUCAGGACUUGGCUCAAAUUAGCUGUCUUGUGAAGGACUCUGUGUAUAAUACAACAACUUACAGUAAUAUAGAAGGAUAGUUAUAUUUUAAAGGGCUAUAAAUGUGUUUAAUGUCAGUCAGUGUAUAGUAAAAUUUCAAAAUAA